AUAUAUACGUAUAAUAUAAUUGUUUUUGACACACCGGCCGAUUUAUGCACUAUUUGACUUUUUAAAUAUAUUUUUGGCUGUCUCAAACCACGCACAAAGUUGCUAAUAUAUUUUUUUGGGUGUCUCAAUGUACAUGCAUAAAGUUGCUAAUGAAGUAAACGCCUCACGGUGCUAUCACAGAAAAAGUUGUUAGGGAAGGUUGAGGUUGCCCCGUGUACAAGUUACUAAGAUAUAGAAAUAGUCCACAUGGCAACCAAUCGUUAGUUGAUUUAGUGGUGAUUGGCGCUGAACUUGGUAGGAAGGACCACGGUUCGAUCCCGACAACUGCGAUUGGAAAGGGCUAGAAUUACUUGAUGCCAGAACUGACCCCCUAACCAGAUUAAACUGGUGGUGGAAAAAAAAAACAAACAAAGAAAGAGUCCACACGGCUUAAUAAAGAGACCAAGUUUUUAUUUAAGAGGCUGCUACCUUAGGAGCGAGCAGCUUGGAUUUGUAUGGCUAUGGCUUCUUCUUCAACUUCCUCUAAUACCUUUGAUCUGAAAAAAUAUGAUGUUUUCAUUAGCUUUAGAGGCGAUGACACUCGAGCUGGUUUCACAAGCCAUCUUCAUGCUGCCUUAAAGCGAAUCUAUUUGGAGACUUACAUAGACUACAGGAUUGAAAAAGGAAACCAAGUCUGGGCAGAACUUGUGGAAGCAAUCAAAGGUUCCACUCUAUUUCUUGUUGUGUUCUCUGAAAACUAUGCGUCUUCAACAUGGUGUUUGAAUGAACUCGUUGAAAUAGUGGAGUGCCACAAAAAUGGACAAGUUGUUAUUCCUGUGUUCUACCAAAUUGACCCUUCACAUGUUCGGAAGCAGACCGGAAGUUAUGGCACUGCGAUGGCAAAACACAAGAAGCAAGGGAACAAUGAUGAUAAGAUGAUGCAAAUUUGGAAGAAUGCUCUUUCUCAAGCUGCUAAUUUAUCGGGUUUUGAUUCUAUAUCAUACAGGACCGAAUCUGACUUGAUUGAAGACAUUACUAAAGUUGUAUUACAAAAGUUAAACCACAACUACACAAGUGAGCUUGCAUGUAAUUUCAUAUUGGAUGAUAACUAUUGGAGCAUUCAACCUUUAAUAGAAAAAAAUGAUUCAUCAAAAGUUCAAAUAAUUGGACUUUGGGGCAUGGGGGGCAUAGGCAAGACAACACUUGCUGCUGCUAUUUUCCACAAAGUCUCUUUUCAGUAUGACGGCAGUUGCUUCUUAGACAAUGUGAAUGAAAUUGCAAAAAUUCAUGGAAUCAACUAUACAUGUAACAAACUUCUUUCCAAGUUACUAAGGGAAGAUCUUCAUAUUGACAAUUCUAAAGUAAUACCAUCCAUAAUCAUUAGAAGACUCAAACGCAUGAAAUCUUUUAUUGUAUUAGAUGAUGUACAUACUUUAGAGUUUCUACAAAACUUGAUUGGAGUGGGAUGUGGUUGGCUAGGAGCUGGUAGCACAGUCAUUGUGACGACAAGGGAUAAGCAGGUGCUGAUAAGUGGAGGAAUUCAAAAAAUUCAUGAAGUUAAGAAGAUGAACUCCCGAAACUCUCUUCAACUUUUUAGCUUGAAUGCUUUUGGCAAAACUUUACCUAAGGAGGGAUUCGUGGAGCUCUCAGAUAGAGCAGUUGAUUAUGCUGACGGCAACCCUUUAGCACUGAAAGUAUUAGGAUCAUUUCUUCGUUGCAAAAGUGAAAUAGAAUGGAAAUGUGCACUAGCUAAACUGGAGGAAAUUCCUAAUGCAGAAAUUGAUAGGAUAUUGAGAUGGAGUUAUAAUGAAUUGGAUGAUAAAGAGAAAAAUAUAUUUUUGGAUAUUGCAUGCUUUUUCAAAGGACAUGAGAGGGAAAAGAUAACAAAAACAUUAAAUGAGUGUGGUUUCUUUGCAGAUAUAGGGAUAAGACUUCUUUUAGACAAAGCUCUUAUAAGACUUGACUUCAGAAAUUGCAUACAAAUGCAUGACUUAAUACAAGAAAUGGGAAAACAAAUUGUUCGUGAAGAAUGUCUUAAAAAUCCCGAACAACGCAGUAGAUUAUUUGAUCCCAAGGAGGUUUGUGGCGUGUUGAAAAAUAAUAGAGGAACUGAGAUUGUUGAAGCCAUAUUUUUAGUUGCUAAUCAAUGUACAAAUAUAAAUUUAAGCCCAAAAGCAUUUGAAAAGAUGGUAAAUCUACGGUUACUUGCUAUUCAUGACCCAAAGGGAUAUGUAAGUCUUCCACAUGGUCUCGACUUAUUGCCAGAAAAUUUGAGAUAUGUUUUGUGGGAUGGAUAUCCAUGGAAAUCUCUGCCUCCAACCUUUCGUCCUGACAUGCUUGUGGAGCUUUCCUUGAGAGAAAGCCAUGUACAAAAACUUUGGAACGGAGUAUUGAAUUUGCCAAAUUUAGAGAUACUUGACCUUAGUCGCUCCAAAAAGCUGAUAGAAUGUCCAAAUGUGUCUGGUUUCCCGAAUCUAAAAGAAGUAAUACUUGGUGAUUGUGAUAGCUUGCAUGAAGUUGAUUCAUCAAUUUUCCUUCUCCAAAAGCUUACAAGAAUAUUCAUGGCUGGAUGUACGUCACUAAAGAGCCUUUCGAGUACCACUUGUUCACCAGCCCUCACUGAAUUAAAUGCUGUGGGUUGCAUCAAUCUCCAAGAGUUCUCUGUCACAUUUUCUUCCGUUGAUAAUUUGUUUCUGGCUUUAUCAAAGUUUGGUGGGAAUGAACUUCCAUCAUCAAUAUUGCAAACAAAAAAUCUUAAUUUGUUUAUCUUUCCCAUGAUUGGAUAUCUUGUGAAUCUUCCUGAAAACUUUGCUAAAAAUAUUUUCCUCAUGAGUUCAGUGAAUCGUGACAAUGUCGACCCUUCCAUCAUCUUACAUAAAUUACUUUCUAGUCCUUCCUUCAUGACUGUAACACACUUAAACUUGACCAAUAUUUCUCUCUUGUUUGAAAUCCCAGACAAUAUCUUCUUACUAUCAUCAUUAGAGACUUUAACACUAAUUGGUCUGGCCAUUAGAAGCUUGCCUGAAACCAUCAAGUAUCUUCCUCGACUCGCUGAGUUUGGUGUUUACGAUUGUAAACUGCUUCAAUCUAUUCCGGCAUUUUCACAUUUCAUUAAAUCUUUAGUUGUCUGGAAUUGUGAAUCUCUUGAGAAACUGUCGAGUUCAAUGGGUGAACCACAUGAAAAAACAAAUCCUGGUUUUACUAUGCUCCUUAACUGCAAUCAAUUGGAUCUACAUUCAUACAGAGCAGUUUUAAAAGAUGCUCUUGGUGGAAUUGAUCUUAGAGCAAGACUAAGUUCACAAUAUGAAAUCAUGUAUUUAUUCAAUGAAUAUUUUUUACCUGAUAUGCCUGGCAGAGAAUUUUGGUUCCAUUACCGUUCUACACAAGUUUCUUUCACUCUUGAGCUUCCUUCUAAUUUAUUUGGUUUUGCCUACUACUUGGUUAUUUCCCAAGGCCGUGUGGAAAAUGGCGCAUAUUUUCGAUGUGAGUGUUAUGUGGACAAUAGUGUUACUAUAACAAGUUUCACGAGAGUCAAAAUCAUAGAGCAUCAAUAUUGGACUAAUCUUGACAAUUCAAUUCACAUGAUGUCAGAUCAUUUAGUUUUAUGGUAUGAUCCAGUAAGUUGCAAGCAGAUAAUGGAUGAAAUAAAAGCCAUUAAGGAUGUGAACAACAGUGGUUACAAUCCAAAACUUACAUUUAGAUUCUUCAUUGAUCAAAGUGAAACUCUAUAUGAUGAAGUAUCGAUAAAAGAGUGUGGAUUUCGCUGGAUAUAUCAAGAAAAUAUAGUUCCUCACACAAUUUUUGAGUCCGAUGAUGAAGAAGAAGAAGAAGAAAUAAUUCCUAUUUUUGAGUCCAGUGAUGAAGAAAAAGAAGAAGAAGAAAUAGUUCCUCGCACAAUUUUUGAGUCCCACGAAGAAAAAGAAGACGAAGAAGAAACAAUUCGUCCAAAAAAGAAAUUAUGUUGCAGGUUUUUUCAUAAAAAAAAUAAUCACUUUUUGUAAAAACAAAAUAACCACUUUUAAAAGUUUUCAUUUGACCAGCCAAGAAUUAGAACACACUUCUGUGGUUAAUGUUUGUAUGAUAAAUUCAUUUUCAGAUUAUAUAUAUUCGGUCAAAUGUUGGUUAUGUGUAAUUCAUAUUCAUGAUCAUAAAAAAAAUCUCAGUAUCAGUUUUUCUCUGUUAAAUAUUGUGUCAAUGUUUUAAGGCAUAAAAGGUUUAUCGUCAUGUAGAUUCAAUUUAUGUUGCUAGUGAGAACUUACUUGACGACAGAUUUUUUAUGCCUUAAAAGUUAAAACAUAGUGAGAACUUCAUAUUUUAAUGAUCAAAAUUGUAUUUUACUCUCAAAUGAUUGAGAUAUAAUACAGAGUAUGAAACU